AUGGAAAUCGAAAAUAAAACGACAAUUUCAUUAAAUGAUAACGGCAAUGUUUGCCGCGUUUGCCUUACAACGAAUCAAAAUAACCAAUGCAUUUUUGGUGCUAAACGAAGUAAUUUGGAUAAUAGAGAUGUGACUGAUUUGCCUGAGAAACUUCGUUUAUGCGGCGGUGUGGAGAUAUUGGAGGAUGAUGGCUUACCUUCCACUAUUUGUAUGAAAUGCAUAUUAAAGAUCAAUGAUGCUCAUCAAUUACGAAAGCAAUGCCAGCAGUCUGAUACCCGAUUAAGAGAAUUAUAUGGAAAAGUGGAAAAGAUAUAUAGUAUCAACUUGUGUAAGAAUACAAGAGACCAAUAUUGUCAGACUGAUUAUUCAUUUGCCUCUGAUUUAAUCAAGAUAGAAACUGGUACAUUUUCUGCAAUGGGUCAUAAUAUAUAUCCAAUGAUAAAUCUUAACUCCAACAUCAAAGGAAUGAAAGAACAUGAAACAAUUAAUGUAUGUAAUCCUGUAGAAGAAGAAAAAUCUAAUAGUUUCUUAAAUAAACAAAAUGCUUAUGUUAAUUGCAAACAAGUAGGAUAUGAAACAAGUGUCACAGGAAGAGAAGCUUAUAGAACAAGAAGAAUGACAAUGUUCAAAAGAGUAACAUCUAUAGAAAAUUUAAAAAAUCAUAAAGAAAGGCAAAGGCAGUACAUAAAAAAAAAUACAAAUGUUAAGUGGGAUGAUGAUCCAGCAAACAUUAAUGAAACUGAUUCUCAAACUGCUUAUAUUUGUCCAAAAUGUACUAGAUGUUAUUCCAGCAAGAGGUCUUUGGAUAGGCAUGUAGUAACUCAUGAUGAAAAAAAAUUCACAUGUGAUAAAUGUAACAAACACUUUUUUCAACUUGAUAAAUUAGUACAGCAUAGUAAAUUGCACACAGUUAAAGAAAAACCUAAAACAGUAUUAUGUAGAAUAUGUGACAGGAAUUUUAGGAAAACUGACACUAUGGUAAGACAUUUAAAUGUUCAUAAAAGAACUAAUCCAAAGGAGGUUCUCUCCAUUUUGAAAGAAAUUAGAGAUAAAAGAAAAUUGGAAAAUUUAACUGAACCUAAAGACAGGGUCACUGAAAUUGAAAAUAAUAAUGAUAAAAAAGAAACAGGAGAAGAAUUUGCAAGUAGUAGAAGUACCACCUUAGAUAUUCUAAAAAAAGAUACAUUAGAAUCUAAAGAUAAAGUACUUGGCCCUAAUAUCUCAACUUCAGAUGUUAGUACUAAAAAAAUUAAUUCUUCCGAUGAGACGCUUUUUCGAUGUAAAUAUUGUACCAAACGUUAUGCAAAUGAAAAGUCACUUCAAAAACAUUUACAGAUUCAUGUUGAAAAAAAAUUUGUUUGCAACGUAUGUAAUAUGAAAUUUUUCCGUCAAGAUAGAUUACAAAGUCACAAACAUCGAUAUGGGCACGAUGAAGAUUCAGCAUCGUUAGAAGUACAAAAACCAUCCGACGAUAAAUCGGCAAUUAAAUUAAUAAAUAGUUGGAUUAGGGAAGAACUUGAUUCAGAUAAUGAAGAAAAGGGCUUUCCUUGUAAAAUCUGUGGAAAAUCAUACGAUACUAAGAAAUCCUUAUUAAAACAUCAAUUAAGUAUGCACAACUCCGAGAAAGAAGACUGUGCGACCUGUGGUAAAAUCUGUAUUUGCGAUGACAAGGACAAAGAUCAACAGAAAUCAAAUGAAAGAUUAAAACCGUACCGAUGCGACGAAUGUAAUAAAUCUUUCGAGAAGGAAGUUAAGCUGCAGAAACAUAUAAGAGUCCACGAGCGCGCUAAAGAAGAACAAGAUGUAAAUUUUAAGCGAUUUUUAUGUCACAUAUGUAGCAAGACCUUUCGGCAAAAUACAGGUCUCAUGUUUCAUAUGAGGACCCAUACCGGUUAUAAGCCUCACGUUUGUAAAUAUUGUGGACGGGGAUUCACGUCGAAUUCUAAUUGUAUCAAUCAUGAAAGAACUCAUACCGGUGAUAGGCCAUUCGUUUGUCAUUUUUGUAGCGCUGCAUUUGCCAAAUCAUGCACUCUUAAAGCACACAUUACAACGCACACUGGAGAAGCGAAUUAUCAUUGCAAAACUUGCGGGAAAUCAUUCAGAAGAUUGAAGUACUUAAAGGAGCACAAGUUCACACAUACAGGGGAAAAGCCAUAUGCUUGUAAAAUCUGUGGUACGGCGUACAGCCAUUCGGGUAGUUUAUUCGUACAUGAAAAAAAAUGUAAGGCACAGUAUAAUAGCUAUCAAUCUAACACUACACAAAAUACGCAAACCUAUUGUGAAUCUGAAACGUCUUCGCCAAGUGUAACUCCUAUUAUUACGGUUUUACCGCCAGUUCACCUGAAUAAUUCUAAUGUGAUGAGCACACAAAGUAACAAAACCUACAUCGACAAUAUUCAGAGAAUAAGUUCUCAGAAUAUUAGUAAUCUAAAUACUGUUAAUACGUCGGAUCUUCAUAUUCAUCCGAAUUCGGAUAUUUCUGAUGUUUCUUUAGCUGUUAAAAGCUUCGCUCUCAUCGGACAAAUGUUUCAAUCAUAG